AUGAACAAUGUUUCACUUGUUCUAUUCAGUAUAUAUAUUUUUUCAUAUAUAUUUGUAAGAGGUUAUCAAGUUAUUUAUGUAGAUACUAUAGAUGACACAUCUACAAAUGAAUUGUUAGAAGAAGAUUUAUCAUGCUCAUGGAGAUAUUAUUGUUCUGAUUUUUUUCAUGUUUGUGAAAGAGGAUGUAGUUCAAAGAAGAGGUUGAAAAAGGGAUACAACCUAAUAAAUACGAGCUCAUUGAAAGGAAUUUGUUAUUUUAAUGUCGAAUGUGAUAAUUAUGACAUUUAUUUCGAUACUGAUAAUUCGUUAUAUUUUAUUUAUUUCUCAAAAUUAUUUUUUCAUAUUAGUUCGGAUUUUACACUAUAUAUGAAUCUUAUAAAAAAUGAUAAAAGGUCAAAAGAUGAUAAUUAUAUUAAUAAAGAAAAUAUUGAAAAAAAUUGUAACAAUACGAAUAAUUUGCACACGUAUGAACAAUAUAAAAAAAAGUCAUUCUAUGAAAAAAUAAGUUACUAUAAAAAAUUUAUAGCCAAAAAGUUUAAGAAAAAUUUAAUUAAGUUAUUAAUAUUCUUUUUAAUCAUAUAUAUGAUUUUUAUUUCUCUUUUUAUAUAUACAUAUAUGCGUCUAAAAAAUAUAUAA